UCUGCGCGGCCGCGGGAUCCGUUCCGACGCGGCCACGUUGCCCUGUGAGCCAGUCCUCGGCGCCCGGGUCCCGACUCCCCCUCUGCUCGACCCCUAGCUGGGCUCGGGGGGGCCCCUAGGCCUUCCCGCGCUGUCCGCGGGGUGCAGCUGCGCAGGGGACGGGUCUGGCUGCGGGAGCGCUCCGCGUGCGUCUGGGAUCCCGGCCCCGCCCAGCUCCGGGGCUGAGAAACGGUGCGAGCGCGCCGGGCUCCGCCAGAGCUCGGCUCUGGGCUCAUGCCCUGCGGCCCGGUGGACCCGCGCCAUGGCCUCCGGGAGCGUGGCCGAGUGCCUGCAGCAGGAGACCACCUGCCCCGUGUGUCUCCAGUACUUCGCGGAGCCCAUGAUGCUCGACUGUGGCCACAACAUCUGUUGCGCGUGCCUGGCCCGCUGCUGGGGUGCCGCGGAGACUAACGUGUCGUGCCCGCAGUGCCGGGAGACCUUCCCGCAGCGCCACAUGCGGCCCAACAGGCACCUGGCCAACGUGACCCAGCUGGUGAAGCAGUUGCGCACCGAGCGGCCGUCGGGGCCGGAUGGCGAGAUGGGCGUGUGCGAGAAGCACCGCGAGCCCCUGAAGCUGUACUGCGAGCAGGACCAGAUGCCCAUCUGCGUGGUGUGCGACCGCUCCCGCGAGCACCGCGGCCACAGCGUGCUGCCUCUCGAGGAGGCGGUGGAGGGUUUCAAGGAACAAAUCCAGAAUCGGCUGGACCACCUAAGAAGAGUGAAAGACUUGAAGAAGCGCCGCCGGGCACAGGGGGAGCAGGCGCGAGCUGAGCUCUUGAGCCUGACCCAGAUGGAGAGGGAAAAAAUCGUGUGGGAGUUUGAGCAGCUGUACCACUCCUUGAAGGAACAUGAGUAUCGCCUGCUGGCUCGCCUGGAGGAGCUGGACCUGGCCAUCUACAACAGCAUCAACGGCGCCAUCACCCAGUUCUCCUGCAAUAUCUCCCACCUCAGUGGCCUCAUUGCCCAGCUGGAAGAGAAGCAGCAGCAGCCCACGCGGGAGCUUUUACAGGACAUUGGAGACACACUGACCAGGGCUGAAAGAAUCAGAAUCCCUGAGCCCUGGAUCACACCUCCAGAUCUACAAGAGAAAAUCCAUAUUUUUGCGCAAAAAUGUCUGUUUUUGACUGAAAGUCUGAAGCAGUUCACAGAAAAAAUGCAGUCAGACAUGGAGAAGAUCCAAGAAUUGAGAGAGGCUCAGUUAUACUCAGUUGAUGUGACCCUGGACCCAGACACAGCCUACCCCAGUCUGAUUCUUUCCGAUAAUCUUCGGCAAGUACGGUACAGUUACCUGCAGCAGGACCUGCCAGACAACCCUGAGCGGUUCAAUCUGUUUCCCUGUGUCUUGGGCUCUCCGUGCUUCAUCGCUGGGAGACAUUACUGGGAGGUAGAGGUGGGAGAUAAAGCCAAGUGGACCAUAGGUGUCUGUGAAGACUCGGUGUGCAGAAAAGGUGGGGUGACCUCAGCGCCCCAGAAUGGAUUCUGGGCAGUGUCACUGUGGUAUGGCAAAGAAUAUUGGGCUCUUACCUCCCCCAUGACUGCGCUCCCUCUGCGGACCCCUCUCCAGCGGGUAGGGAUUUUCUUGGACUAUGAUGCUGGUGAGGUCUCCUUCUACAAUGUGACAGAAAGAUGUCACACCUUUACUUUCUCUCAUGCUACCUUCUGUGGGCCAGUCCGGCCCUACUUCAGCCUAAGCUACUCGGGAGGGAAGAGUGCAGCGCCUUUGGUCAUCUGCCCUAUGAGUGGGAUUGAUGGUUUUUCUGGCCAUGUUGGGAAUCAAGGUCACUCGAUGGAGACCUCUCCUUGAGGAAGUGAACUUAGACCACAAGUGCUGUAAUCCUCCCCCAGGCACAAGAGAUUGUGCUGUCUUGUCCGUCCCUGUCCAUCAAAGCUGGGUGUCCUCACCACGUUCCAUGCCCUUAACACUGAGAGACGAGAUGUCCGUGGUCUCUACUACACUUUCCCUUCCCUUGCACAUUGUGAGAUGUAACAAGAAGUGUUGCUAUUUCCCAGAAAUAAAAACCAGAUUCCUCUUCCUAUGUUUCACACUUUUGUUGUUGUUGUUUGUUUGUUUUUUGGUUUUAUACAUGACUGAAGUAGAUGAAGAAUAUGGAUAGGAUUUGGAUUUGGAGAACUACUUUCCAGGUUCCUACCCUGGCUUCUCAAUGUGGAUCACACACAAUAUGGAAGUGUAAGCCAAGUAAACCCUUUUCUUCCCAAGGUGCUUUUGGUCGGUGUUUAUCAUAGCAACAGAGAUGCUAAGUAAGAAAUUGGUACUAGAUUUGUGAGCCAUUGCAACAAUAGACCUGGCCUUGUUUUGGGAAGUAUUUGGAACUUUGGUUUGGAAAAACCAUUGAAUAUUAAACUUUUAAAGG